CUCAUAGAUCGCUCACCCGUGUUCAUUUCUCUCGCCCGAUCUCAGAUCUCGUCUCCUCCGAUCUUCGAUCUCGCUGUCGCCGGAAAAUGGAUUCCGUCUCUUCCUGGGGAAACACUCCGUUGGUCACCGUGGAUCCCGAGAUCCAUGACCUCAUCGAGAAGGAGAAGCGUCGACAAUGUCGCGGCAUCGAGCUCAUCGCCUCCGAGAAUUUCACUUCCUUUGCCGUCAUCGAGGCUCUCGGAAGCGCCCUCACCAACAAGUACUCCGAGGGCAUGCCCGGUAACCGUUACUAUGGCGGUAACGAGUUCAUCGACGAGAUCGAGAAUCUCUGCCGCUCCCGCGCGCUUCAGGCUUUCCAUCUCGAUCCGAGCAAGUGGGGCGUCAAUGUUCAGCCGUAUUCCGGAUCUCCGGCGAACUUCGCCGCCUACACGGCGCUGCUUCAGCCGCACGAUCGGAUCAUGGGGCUCGAUCUCCCGUCGGGUGGUCACCUGACUCAUGGGUACUACACCUCCGGUGGGAAGAAGAUCUCCGCGACCUCGAUCUACUUCGAGAGUCUUCCGUACAAGGUGAACUUCACCACUGGGUACAUUGAUUACGAUAAGCUCGAGGAGAAGGCGAUGGAUUUCAGGCCGAAGCUGCUCAUCUGUGGUGGCAGUGCGUACCCUAGGGAUUGGGAUUACGCAAGGCUUAGGGCUAUUGCCGACAAGGUUGGAGCUCUCUUGCUCUGCGACAUGGCUCACAUCAGUGGCCUUGUUGCCGCUCAGGAAGCUGCAAACCCGUUCGAGUACUGUGACGUUGUGACGACCACAACCCACAAGAGCUUGAGGGGUCCAAGAGCCGGUAUGAUCUUCUACAGGAAGGGCCCUAAACCACCCAAGAAGGGACAGCCCGAGGAUGCAGUGUACGAUUUCGAGGACAAGAUCAACUUUGCUGUGUUCCCUGCUCUUCAGGGUGGUCCUCACAACCACCAGAUCGGUGCUCUGGCUGUUGCUUUGAAGCAGGCAAUGUCUCCUGGGUUCAAGGCUUAUGCCAAACAGGUCAAAGCCAAUGCUGUUGCCCUCGCAAACUACCUGAUGAGCAAGGGUUACAGUAUUGUCACCAAUGGAACUGAGAACCACCUUGUUCUCUGGGAUCUCCGCCCUCUUGGGUUGACCGGUAACAAGGUCGAGAAGCUUUGUGACCUAUGCAACAUUACCUUGAACAAGAAUGCUGUUUUCGGAGACAGCAGUGCUCUUGCUCCUGGAGGUGUAAGAAUCGGUGCACCGGCCAUGACAUCGAGAGGUUUGGUCGAGAAGGACUUUGAGCAGAUAGGAGAGUUCCUCCACCGAGCAGUGACCAUCACAUUGAACGUUCAGAAGGAGUUCGGUAAGCUGUUGAAGGACUUCAACAAGGGUUUAGUGAACAACAAGGAGAUCGAGGAGCUCAAGGCCGAUGUCGAGAAAUUCUCAGGCUCGUACGAGAUGCCCGGUUUCCUUAUGGCCGAGAUGAAGUACAAGGAUUAAAGAUCAAUCACUUUCCACAAUGGCAACCUUCCUAUCACAUAUGGCUUUAGUAGGUGUUUCCUGAAAGAAACUUGUUCUCCAAACCUCCCAUAGGAAGUAAGAGAGAGGAAAAGAAAAAGUAUGAGAAAAAAGGGUUUUUUUUUUGGUGUUCUUGUUUUUUCCAUGUUUUUUUUGUUCUUCGUUGAGUUUGUUUUAUUACAUGAUUUCAAUAAUUUUGGCAGCUUUGAUCUGUCUCUACCCUUUUUAUUGAA